AUGGUGUCUGAAGAUCAAGGGGUUGUGGGUUUUCUUGGAUUGGAUGAAGUCAGUUUAGAAUUGGCUGCUUCUCUUCUGAAGUCUGGUUAUGACGUCCAAGUGUUUGAGACUUCAAGCCCUUUGGUGGAUGAAUUUUCUAAGCUCGGCGGUAGAAGAUGUAGAAAUGCUAUGGAGAUGGGCAAAGGUCUUGCAGCCUUGGUCAUCUUAAUAUCUCAUGAUGAUCAAAUGAAUGACAUAAUUCGAGAGCAUGAAGGCAUUUUGAAAGGGUUGGAAAAAGAUGCAACUAUUAUUUUCCAUGCAGCUGGACCCCUUGUGGAUCUGCAUCAGUCAGAGAAGAUUCUGGAAGCUAGUUAUCAUACACACCCCAUUGUUGACAUCUAUGUUUCUAGAGCUGCGUCAGACAAUUUGAAUGGAAAAUUGCUGAUAAUUUCCUCAGGAAAGUCAGGGGACGCACACAGGGCAAAGCCAAUACUUUCUGCUAUGUGUGAAAAACUUUACCUCUUUGAAGGUGAGCUGGGAGCUGGAAGUAAAGCUAAAUUGGUGAUUGAACUUCUCGAGGGGAUUCAUUUCAUUGCUUCUGUCGAAGCCAUUUCUCUUGGUACACAAGCUGGGAUUCAUCCAUGGAUACUUUACGAUAUUAUUUCCAACGCAGCCGGAAAUUCAUGGGUAUUCAAGAAUUAUCUUCCCCAGUUGCUGAGGGGUAAUCAAACCAAGCAUCAUUUUCUGAAUGCUAUGAUUGAAAACAUGGGGACGGUGUUGGCGAAGGCAAAAUCACUUGUAUUCCCUGUUCCACUUUUAACUGUGGCUUAUCAGCAACUCAUAGCAGGAUUUUCCCAUGGAACGAAAGAUGAUGAUGAUGAUGAUACCACAUUGCUCAAGGUGUGUGAAGAGGUCUUUGGGGUCAGUAUUGGUGAUUCUGCUAAUGCAAAAAGUUACAACCCUGAAGAAAUAGCCCAUCAAAUUUCUGCAAAAUCAGUAACUGUGAAGAGGGUUGGUUUCGUUGGUCUUGGAGCUAUGGGAUUUGGCAUGGCAACUCACCUGCUGAAAUCGAAUUUCUCCGUCACUGGCUUUGAUGUCUAUAAACCAACACUGUCUCGAUUUGCAGAUGCAGGUGGCUUGAUUGGAAGCUCUCCGGCAGAAGUAUCACAAGAUGCGGAUGUACUUGUGGUAAUGGUUACAAAUGAAGCUCAAGCUGAAGAUGUUCUCUACGGUGAUGGUAGAGCUGUGUCAGCUCUUCCGUCUGGAGCUUCCAUUAUUCUUGCAUCCACUGUUUCCCCUGCAUUUGUCAGUCAGCUGGAGCGACGCUUGCAAAGUGAAGGAAAAGAUCUGAAAUUGGUUGAUUCUCCUGUAUCCGGUGGGGUCAAGCGAGCCUCCGAAGGAACACUAACUAUUAUGGCAUCAGGGACGGAUGAAGCCCUCUGCCAUGCAGGUUCAGUUCUUUCUGCCCUGAGUGAGAAACUAUAUGUUAUCAAGGGAGGUUGCGGGGCUGGAAGUGUUGUGAAGAUGGUCAAUCAACUGCUUGCUGGAGUCCAUAUUGCAUCAGCAGCUGAGGCAAUGGCAUAUGGAGCUAGACUAGGUCUAAAUACUGGAUUGUUAUAUGAUGUGAUUACAGACAGUAAAGGGACAUCUUGGAUGUUUGAAAAUCGUACUCCUCACAUGUUGCAAAAUGACUAUACGCCAUUGUCUGCAUUGAAUAUCUUUGUGAAGGAUCUGGGAAUUGUUUCUCGUGAGGCCGCAUCGCGGCAUGUUCCACUUCAUGUUGCUAAUGUUGCCCAUCAGUUAUUCUUGGCAGGGUCCGCUGCAGGAUGGGGUCGUCUUGAUGAUGCUUCUGUAGUGAAGGUCUAUGAGACACUUACUGGAGUGAAGGUGGAAGCCAAUGUUCCAGUUAUGAGUAAAGAUUCAAUAUUGCAAUCUCUUCCGCCUGAAUGGCCCGUGGAUCCAAUUGAUAGUAUACGCAAACUAAUUGAGAAGAGCACGAAGACUUUAAUUGUGCUAGAUGAUGAUCCAACUGGGACUCAAACUGUUCAUGAUAUUGAGGUACUGACUGAAUGGAACGUUGAAGCACUUGUUCAGGAGUUCAAAAGGAGACCCAAAUGCUUUUUUAUUUUGACCAAUUCCCGUUCGUUGAGCUCCGAAAAGGCGUAUAAACUAAUAGAAGACAUAUGUAAAAAUGUUUCUACGGCAUCCAAGACAGUAGAUAACACGGACUACACAAUAGUUCUGAGAGGUGAUUCAACACUUCGUGGUCAUUUUCCACAGGAAGCAGACGCAGCUGUUUCUGUACUGGGAGAAAUGGAUGCAUGGAUAAUAUGCCCAUUUUUCCUUGAAGGAGGCCGCUACACCAUCAAUGAUACACAUUAUGUCGCGGAUGCUGAUAGGCUUGUUCCUGCCGGAGAAACAGAAUUCGCUAAAGAUGCUUCUUUUGGUUAUAAGGCAUCUAACCUCCACGAGUGGGUAGAGGAGAAGACAGGUGGGCGUGUACCUGCUGGUAGUGUGGCUUCUAUUUCCAUCCAGCUGAUUAGAAAAGGUGGACCUGAUGCUGUUUGUGAACAUCUAUGCAAUUUGAAGAAGGGGUCAACUUGUAUAGUUAAUGCAGCUAGUGACAGAGACAUGGCUGUUUUUGCUGCUGGAAUGAUUCAGGCAGAAUUAAAGGGAAAGAAGUUCCUAUGCCGCACUGCUGCAAGCUUUGUUUCUGCGAGGGUUGGAAUCAUAAGAAAAGCUCCAAUAUUACCCAGUGAUCUUGGCACCAACCAAGCUAGGAGGGGUGCACUCAUUGUUGUCGGUUCUUAUGUUCCAAAAACAACCAAACAGGUUGAAGAACUCAAAUUACAAUGUGGCCACCUCAUAAAGACUAUUGAGAUCUCUGUUGAUAAAGUAGCCAUGAAGUCAAUCGAAGACAGGGAGGAUGAAAUUGUUCGAGCAAUAGAGAUGGCAGAUGUUUACCUUAGCAGUUGUAGAGACACUCUCAUAAUGACUAGUCGAAAACUUAUAAUUGGGAAAACCCCCAGUGAAAGUUUGGAGAUCAACUCAAAGGUGAGCUCUGCCCUGGUGGAAAUAGUUCAACGGAUAACAACAAGACCUCGUUACAUUCUUGCGAAGGGAGGAAUAACCUCAUCAGACCUUGCUACAAAAGCUCUAGGUGCAAGAUGUGCCAAAAUACUUGGACAAGCUCUGCCUGGUGUUCCCUUGUGGCAACUAGGUUCCGAAAGCAAACACCCUGAAGUUCCAUACAUCGUUUUUCCAGGAAAUGUUGGUGAUGCUAAUGCUUUAGCCGAAGUUGUUAAACGGUGGGCUCGUCCUGAAAGAACUACAUCAACUAAGAACCUGCUCCUUAAUGCAGAAAGAGGUGGAUAUGCCAUUGGCUCCUUCAAUGUAUAUAACUUGGAAGGAGUUGAGGCAGUAGUCGCUGCCGCAGAGGAUGUAGGAAGUCCUGCUAUUUUACAGAUACAUCCUAGUGCUUUGAAGGAGGGGGGAAUUCCCCUGGUAGCUUGUUGCAUUGCGGCAGCGAAACAAGCCAGUGUACCCAUUACCGUUCACUUUGAUCAUGGAAACUCGAAACGUGAGCUGUUGGAGGUUCUUGAGUUGGGAUUUGAUUCAGUCAUGGUAGAUGGAUCACACCUUCCUUUCAAGGACAAUAUCUCCUACACAAAAUUCAUUUCAGACUUGGCACAUUCAAAAGAUUUGUUGGUAGAAGCUGAACUGGGAAGAUUGUCAGGCACUGAAGAUGAUCUAACAGUUGAAGAUUACGAGGCCUUGCUCACUGAUGUCACACAGGCUAACGAGUUCAUUGACACAACUAGUAUAGAUGCUUUGGCAGUCUGCAUUGGAAAUGUCCAUGGAAAAUACCCUCCAGGUGGCCCAAAGCUUAGACUUGAUUUGCUGAAGGAUCUUUACGAAUUGAGUUCAAAAAAAGGAGUUCAUCUCGUGCUUCAUGGCGCUUCAGGAUUACCAAAGGAACUCAUUGAGGAAUGUAUAAAGUUGGGAGUCAGGAAGUUCAAUGUCAAUACCGAAGUGCGGAAGGCUUACAUGGAUUCAUUAAGCAGCUCAAAGAAAGAUCUCAUCCAAGUCAUGAGCUCAGCAAAAGAAGCCAUGAAGGCUGUUGUUGCAGAGAAGAUGCGCCUCUUUGGCUCAGCUGGAAAAGCAUAG